GACGUUAAAGUCAGUUAUGUAAAUGGAUUUUAUUUGAGGAACCAUUAUCCAGACAGAGACAGACAAAAGGGUUUUACAGUACAUCUUCUAAACCUCAACUGAUUUCGCAGGAGCUGUUUGUUACUGCUUACAACAUGUUAUCCUCACACCUCUGCACAGCUAGAGUUCCGAUUUCAUAAUUUCUCAGUACGUCUUGGGUGUCUGCAUACUUUGUAUUCUUGGAUAUAAUACUCGAUAAAAUCAUUCACCUUUUUGUGUCUUCCUUUAAGAGAGGGCAUCAUAACUAAAAGUUUUGGGACUUCCAUAAUUUUUGAAUCAUAAUGUCUCUCAUAUUAUCCCCAUCACUUAUUUCCUCUUGCUCUUGUGCUAAUAAUGUAAAGGCGCCGCUCUUUUUUAUCUCACAAACAUCCUUAUUGCAUCCGCAUUGCAACAUUCUUGGAGAACCAUUAUUUGCUAAUAAGCAAUCCAUGAAUCUAAAACAUAAGUCAAGUUUAGAAGUUAUUACAAGACAAUCAACUAACUCCCACUUUGAGUUUGCGGGUGAUGACAACUUUAUGGAAGAUGAUUGGAAGGAUCAAGAAGAUGUUGAUGAUCUAGAUUCACCUUGGGAAGGGGCGAUUUUGUACCAAAGAAACCCUUCAAUCACUCACCUUGAGUAUUGUACAACUUUAGAAAGAUUAGGAUUAGGACAUAUUUCGUCCGAAGUUUCAAAAUCUCGAGCCUCUUUGAUGGGAUUACGAGUCACAAAGUCAGUGAAAGAUUUUCCACACGGAACUCCUGUCUUGAUAUCUAUCGACGUUACCAGGAAAAAGCAGAACUUGAAACUUGAUGGGAUCAUACGUACAGUCAUAACUCUCGGGUGCAAUAGGUGUGGUGGACCGGCGGCUGAUUGUGUAUUCUCCAAUUUCUCACUUGUACUAUCUGAAGAGCCUAUAGAAGAGCCUGAAAUUAUAAACAUGGGAGUGAUUUUUGGUCAAAAUGAACAAGAAGAUGAAGUGUCUGUUGACUUAGAUGACUGGCUGUAUUUCCCUCCUGAAGAGAAAUCAAUAGAUAUAUCGAAGCAUGUAAGAGACAUGGUCCACCUGGAAAUAAAGAUCAGUGCUUUAUGUGAUCCAAUGUGUAAAGGUUUGUGCCUCAAAUGUGGUCAAAAUCUUAAUACUGGUAGUUGUAAAUGUAGCGAGGUGACUCCAAAGCCGAAAAGUUAUGGGCCUCUUGGAGAUCUGAAAGAGAAAAUGCAACAAUAAGGAGGCCGGUGCUUCAUCUGAUUAAUUUUGGAUCUAUUUGUUGAGAGUAGUUCUUUUACAUGUACUUACAGUGUAUACUUUUUUUGAUAUGUUGAAAUGUAAUAUAUUCUUGCAUGAUUGUACAAGGCGUCGACUGGACUAAACCGAAAUUGAUGAAUUGAAAAUAUUGAAACUGAAA